AAAAUAACAAAACCGUCUACACACUUUGACACCACCAACCUAAUUUUUUAUUUAAUUUUACAUACCAAUUCCCCCUUUCACGUUCAUCUAAACUCACCAAUGGCAAAAACCCGCACAACCAGAAAAACCCUAGAUUCAUACACCAUCAAAUCCACCAACAAAAUCAUCAAACCCGGUGAUUGCGUGUUGAUGCGACCUGCACACUCCUCUAAACCCUCGUACGUAGCCAAAGUUGAGAAGAUCGAAUCGGACGCUAGAGGCGGCAACGUUAAGGUGCUCGCGCGGUGGUACUACCGGCCGGAGGAAUCCAUCGGUGGCCGGAGACAGUUUCACGGUAGCAAAGAGGUCUUUCUUUCCGAUCAUCGUGAUUUGCAGAGUGCUGAUACGAUUGAAGGAAAGUGUACGGUUCAUAGUUUUAAAAGCUAUACGAAGCUUGAUGCUGUUGGAAACGACGAUUAUUUCUGUCGUUUUGAGUAUAAUUCGGUUACUGGUGCCUUUGUUCCUGAUAGAGUUGCCGUGUACUGUAAGUGCGAGAUGCCUUACAAUCCUGAUGACCUAAUGGUUCAAUGCGAUGGCUGCGCAGAUUGGUUUCAUCCUGCUUGUAUAGAGAUGACACCAGAGGAGGCUAAACAGAUGGAGCAUUUCUACUGUGGAAACUGUUCGACUGAAGAACAAAAGCUGCUCCAAAAUGCUCAUGCUACUUCCAGACAUACAGAUACCAAGGUGGGGACAAAGCGCCGUCGGAGGAAUCAAACUUAGAACUGCUGUUACAACAUAUAAAGUAAUGAGAUGACAGAAAGUAACACUACAAAUCAACAUCAUGAGAUGGUAAAUCUUAAUGUAUGUAUGUUUCUGAAAAAUCGUUUGGCUGUAGAGUUUAAAUUAUUGAGGGUUUCCCACGUAGUUCCUAUGGUUGCUAGUGUAUGUGUGUAUCCAUGGUUGUGUUUAUGAUGUAUACCUCAUAUAUAUGUAUAAAUUUGUACCUUUAUUAGGUUAUUUAUUUGCAUGUUUUGAGUA